AUGGCUUCCUUGCCCAAGGCCAGAUCGGCCCUUAGAGGCCGACUUUCGACAUAUUCCAUUGUUAAGGAGCUUCAUAGGGCCGCUGACGAAGGUGCCGUAAACCAAAACAACAAGAAGUGCAUUUUCAAGAGUAUCAAAGGCCAUUGGCGCUUACAGAAUGAAGCCGACAUUCUCAAAAAGUACCAGGACCAGACACCGUUUUUCCGCCCACUGCUAGAUGAAAUUGUUGAACCAUCAGACCCGCCUUCGAUUGUUCUAAAGCACCUUGAUAAUGACCUCCUGACCGAGUCCAACCGGAAGAGGCUCUCGCGUCCCGAGAUCAAGCAGGUUGCGAAGUGCGUGCUCCAGGCUCUGCACAUUCUACACAAGGAUGGGCUGGUCCAUACGGAUGUCAAGCUGGACAACAUCUUUGUCAAUUACGGCCAAACCCAACGGUUCAGCACCAUACAGCUCGGCGAUUGCGGUGGAGUAGUGUCUGAGAAUUCCGACUUCGCUAAAGAGGGCCACCUGAUCGGUGCGGGUUACACUCGGAGCCCAGAAGCUACGUUCCAGCUGCCAUGGGGGACCGCUACGGAUAUAUGGUCAUUUGGCAACGCUAUCCUCAGUCUCCUCUAUGGCGGCGAUUACCAUCUCUUUAACCCCGGCAUCCAGGGAGUUAAGCCCGACGACAACGAAUACGAAGUUACGGUACUAAAACGCAUGUACAAGUUUUUUGGAAUCUUCCCGCAGUCAUACGAAGACUUCCAUGACCGUUCGACUAUCACCAUUGUCAACUACAUCAACAACCUAGGCCCGCCCGAGAAGCCGUUUCACCGCGUGACUACGAGGGAAGUCCCCCCAGCAGACAUCAAGUUCAUAUGCGGGAUCAUGAAGUUGGAUCCUUGUGACCGACCGACGACGAAGCAGUUGCUUGCUGAUAAGUGGUUCACCGAGGAAUCCGAAGACACCAGAGAUCCGCUCCCAGAGAAACCUCAAGCUGUCGAUGCGUAA